UCGGCCUCUAUUGGAGUGUUAAAUCUGAGUCUAAGAAUCCAAGUGGAGUUUCUGCCUGUUCCUGUACUACUGCCUCACACACAACAAGAUGAAACAGCUUCUGCUUCUCCUGCUGGCAGUAUCGUCGAUUGUUGCCAUAAGAGGCAUGCAGCCGUUGGGGAAAGGAUUUAAUAGCCACUGCCUCUGCCUGGAGUUCGAGUCCCGGAUCAUCCCCCAGGACCGCCUGCGAAGCGUCGAGAUCCUUCCCCGCGGCACUCACUGCAAGACCACUGAAGUCAUUGCUCGACUGGUGACUGGCCAGAAAAUCUGCCUCAACCCCAGCGUGGCCUGGGUGCGAAAGCUGGUACGCUACAUGAUGGACAAGGAAGCGCUUCAACAGCGGGCUUAGAACACCAGCGUG